UCUUUUGACGUUCGGCUUUGUUCGAUGCGGAUAUAUUAAACUUUUUACGAAUAUUUCUCUCUCUAACGUUCUGUGUGCAAAUAUUAUCGUCUGAAUUAACUUAUAUGGAAAAAUAGGAUUUUGUGAUUCCGAGAUUUUCUUGAAAACCGAAGUGAGUGAUAUGACUUUUUGGACGAAGAGUUCUGAAUGAAAUAAAUUUAUAAUUGGAUGAAAUUUGAUCAAUGUGUUGAUGAAAGGAUGAAAGAAAUUUAAUCAAGAAUGAAGGUGCGAGUGACUGUUUAUUCGAAAGCACGGAAGUAAUGCCAUGCUUUCCUGACCAAAAGUGUCGUCUGAAUGGCUAAAUAUCGCUACCUUCCUUGGGGCUUGGCCCUCACCUUCCUCUUUCUCAUCCUGCAUUCAGUGCUGGCCUCGCCCGAUGAUCUUGAGUUCACACGGCCACAGUACAAUGUAACCAUCCCUGAGAACUCCAUUCCCAAGACGCAGGCGAUCUCCACCGAAAAGAUGGGCAUCUUCGUUUCGGACCCGUCCCUUGUCAUCCGGUACAAGAUUGUCGCUGGAGACACAGACCGGUUCUUCAAGGCUGAGAGCAGGCUCGUCGGGGACUUCUGGUUUCUCAUUAUCCGGGUUCGGACUGGGAACCGAGCUGUCCUCAACAGGGAGUAUCAGGAUACAUAUCGACUCACUGUACGGGCAACCAUUACUUCGGAUUUGCGCAGAGCCCUCAAGCUUAAAGCACAGACCGAAGUUAUCGUUACCGUGACCGACACCAACGAUAUCACGCCUACGUUCUAUCCAUCGACCUAUGAAGUCAGUGUACCAGAAGACAAACCAUUGCAUACCAGUAUACUUCAGAUAAGUGCGCAUGAUCCUGAUCUGGGUAUUAAUGGCGAGAUUUAUUACAAUCUAGCUGAACCUAGUCUUCAGUUUGCUGUUCAUCCAACCAGGGGCAUUUUGACAUUGACUCGGCAUCUGGAUUAUCAGAAAGAACCUGUACACAAACUAGUUAUUCAUGCUAGGGACAGAGGACAUAAGUUUCGAGCGACUGAACUGGCUUCUCGACCGACGACCGUGACGGUGAAGGUUACUCCUGUGAAUUUAUAUCCUCCUGAGAUUUUUGUGAGACAGUUUUCUACUUUACUGUCUCCGACUGAUCCAAACAUAUAUGCUGUUGUAGGCGUUAUCGAUAAAGAUAUUGGCAUUCAUGGAGAAUUAGACGCUCUGGAAAUUAUUGAUGGUGAUCCCACCGGAAUGUUUCAAGUCACCCCUGGUAAUAAAGUGAACGAGUACAAUAUUGAACUAGUCCAUCCCAUGUUGCGAGACAACACCAUAUCACAGGAGUUUACCAUUACUUUAAGAGCGAAAGAUAAAGGAACGCCGCCUAGGACUACGACACAGGUGGUCACGGUACGAUUAGCGGAAACUGCUGACACAACUUUGACUUUUGAACAAGCUGACUAUGAUGUCGAGAUAGAAGAAAUAUCCCCACCAGGCUCUAGAGUACUUCAUUUAAAAGUUGCUGCAUCAAGCGAUCGCCCGAUUGUGUAUAAAAUAGAAAGUGGCAAUUCCAAUGGCACAUUUUCCAUUCAUACUAAAUCAGGCUUGAUGACAUUAGCUUCUCCGCUGGAUAAAGAAACCAAGCCUUAUUAUUCGUUGACUGUAAGCGCUUAUGAUCCUUCCUCUAGAGGUCAAAAACGAAAAACCACCACAAUCGUGAACGUUCGAGUUCUUGACAACAACGAUAAUGAUCCAGUUUUCAAUAGUACAGUGGACUCGAUAGUAUUUGACGAAAACAAACCAGCUGGUAGCGUUGUGUAUACUGCUUUCGCCACUGAUAAAGAUGAAGGUGAUAAUGGUUAUAUCACCUACAGUUUAGCAAAUCUAAAUCCGGUACCUUUUACCAUGGAUCCCUUCACUGGCGAAAUACGUGCAACAGAAAUCUUGGACUAUGAAACGAUGCGGCGUGAAUAUAUUUUGAAAGUUCGUGCGUCGGACUGGGGAUCUCCAUACAGAAGACAAGCAGAGAUGACACUCAAAGUUCAACUGAGGGAUGUUAAUGAUCACCGGCCUCUGUUUGAAAAAGUCGACUGCAAAGGAUACGUAUCGCAAUCAGCUCCAAUUAACACGGAAGUCAUUACACUGUCGGCAAUUGAUUUUGACUAUGGCAGCACUGUGAAAUAUCGUAUGGUACCUUCAAAUGACGAUUCUUGCUUCCGACUAGAACCAACAUCAGGCGUAUUACGUAUCGCUUGUGAUCUUUCAAAAAUGAACAUUCGAGAGAGGACAAUUAAUGUGUCUGCUACGGAUGGUACGCAUUUUGCUGAUGUAAUGUCUAUUAAUUUAAAAAUCAUCAGCAGCGGUAAUAACCAGCGUCUUGCCGACAGGGGUGCCUUGAUGGAAUGUCGUGACGUCGGAGUGACUGACCGGUACAAAAAGCAGCUAAAUCUUGCCCAAGCCAACAACCGUAAUAAUGAUAUUACCGAACCGACUCCAACAAGCUUUUAUGGGAACAAAUAUUCACCAGAGUUUCCUUUGGGUUUGCCGACUGAAGUGUGGGUUAAUGAAAGUCUUCCUGUAGGGUCAGAAGUUGCUUCCCUUAAGGCUAGGGACAAAGACAAAGGGUAUAGUGGUCUUCUAGUAUAUGUCAUAACUUCAGGCGACGAAUAUAGCUUUUUUAGAAUAGAUCUUCAAUCUGGACGAUUGUACAUCGAUGCACCUUUAGAUAGGGAGUUCAUAUCGGAAUACAACCUAAACAUUUCAGCGUUUGAUCUAGGUAAUCCCCAGCGAAGUGCUUCCAGAAUCCUUGUUGUCCAUGUUGAUGAUGUAAACGACAACAAACCCAUUUUCGAAAAGAAUUCUUAUAAUUUCGUGAUUACUGAGAACGCUAUAAAUGGUACCAGCAUUGUGAGACUUCGUGCUAAUGAUAAGGACGAAGGUGUCAACUCUGCUUUAACAUUCCACUUAGAAACGGAUGUCGACGAAUUUCAUAUCGAUCCAUCCACCGGUCUCCUCACUGUAUAUGGAAAUCUUGAUCGUGAACGAAUGGACACUUAUCAUUUAAAAGCUAGAGUCGUCGAUGGAUCUCCCGACAAUCCUCUUUCGUCAACGACAGUUAUCAAUAUUAGGGUUCUUGACGUCAAUGACAAUGCUCCAUAUUUUAGCUUGAAGCAGUACUGGGUGAAGGUUCGUGAAGACUUACCUUUAGGUGUCGUAGUCAUUGUCAUGGUGGCCAAUGAUCCCGAUUUGGAUGAAGGUGGUGAAGUGACGUACUCAUUGACUGGUAGUGACACAUUCACUAUUGAUCCUCUGAUGGGAGUGGUCCGUCUAUCAAAAACACUUGACUUUGAGACUACUCAGUUGUAUAAUGUGACCAUUACUGCUAGAGAUGGUGGGGAUCCUCCUUUAGAGUCCCAAGCUGCCCUUGUAGUAGAAGUGGAGGAUGUUAAUGAGAACAUGUACCCACCAACUUUUGAUGACGUAGUUGUCAUUGGACAUGUCAAAGAAAACGAACCAAAGGGCACACUUGUGACUAAAGUAACUGCCCACGAUGCUGAUCCACCUGGACUGAACAGUCAAUUCACAUAUUCCAUAUUAGAUGGUGACGGAAUGGGAUUUUUCUCCAUUGACGAUCAAGGUAACAUCUACACCAAUGAAGUGCUAGAUAGGGAAACGAGCAACAGGUACUGGCUCACUGUCCACGCCGUGGAUAGAGGGGCAGUACCUCUGUCCGGUAGACUAGACGUGUACAUCGAGGUGUUAGAUGACAAUGACAAUGUUCCUUUGACAAUUCAGCCAGCCUACUAUCCCAGCAUACCCGAGAAUGCACCUCCCGGAACCAUAGUUCUGCAAUUGGAAGCAUUCGAUUGGGAUCUGAAUGAGGACAAUAAGAUUAGAUUUAGCAUCGCAAGUGGAGAUCCUCAGGGUUAUUUCUCAAUCGACAAUGUGACUGGUUUAAUUACUACUGCUGAUUUGAGACGAUUGGAUCGCGAGGUACAAGCAGAACAUGCUUUGGAGAUUAAAGUGGAAGACGGGGGCAGCCCAUCUCUUUCAUCAUUAACCAGAGUUUUGGUUUCAAUCAUUGAUGAGAAUGAUAAUGAUCCUGAAUUUCAUUCAUCACUUUAUCUAUGUCCAGUUUUAGAAACAUCAAAAGUUGACCAAAAUGUAGUUUUGUGCAGGGUUGUUGCUUCUGAUGCUGAUGCUGGACCAAAUGGUGAAGUGAGUUAUUCAUUUGGAUCUGAAAAGAGCUCUGAUUUAUUUACUGUGGAUCCAAAAACUGGUGCAAUCUAUGUUAAACAAAAACUUGUAGCUGGUGAAGCUUAUGAUUUUAUUGUUCAAGCCACUGACAAAGGCAUCCCACCACGAUCUUCUAGUGUUCGUGUAAGGGUGGAUGUCUUUGCUCGACCUCCUUUGUCUUCCCGUCCCCCAGUUUGUAAAGAAAUCGAAAAUCUGGCAGCUGUAGCGGAAAAUGAUCCAGUGUAUCAGUCUGUUGCAUUCUUGCAGGCAGAAGAUCCUGAUGGUGAUAAAGUGUGGUAUUCCAUUGUUGGUGGUAACACAGACGAUGCCUUCAUGAUUCAAACAUACACUGGCAUAGUAUCUGUAGCUAGACAUUUAGAUUGGGAGAAGAAAUCUGAUUAUAAUCUUAACAUUAGUGUUACAGAUGGUCUCAAUAUUAUUUAUCAACAGCUUCCAAUUAAAGUAAUAAAUGUAAAUGAACACAAUCCAAUAUUUGUAAAAGAGCUCUAUAGUGCUGAUAUUAGUGAAAAUAUACCAGUUGGAAGUACUAUUCUUCAAUUGGAAGCCUCUGAUAUUGAUGAAAUUGACAAAAACCUCAUCUAUUCCAUUUAUAACAGUGCCAAUCCUCAAAGCCUUAAAGUGUUCAAAAUAGAUUCCUUUUCUGGAAAAUUAUCUGUAUCCCACUCCUUAGAUCAUGAAUCCAUUAAAAAGCACAUGCUAACUGUUAUGGUUCGAGACAAUGGAACACCCUCUAGACGUAGUUUUGCUCGAAUAGUCAUCAAUGUUCAUGAUGAAAAUGAUCAUCACCCUGAAUUUUCAUCUCCUUCCUAUAAGUGCCAAGUUUAUGAAACUGCAGCUGUUGGUUCAUCUGUCAUCAGAGUACUUGCAAUGGAUAAAGAUAAAGGUCAAAAUUCCCAACUGCAAUUCAGUAUUGCUUCAGGAAAUAUUGGAAAUGCUUUCUCCAUAGACGAAACUUUGGGCAUAGUUCUGAUAGCUAAGCCUUUGAACCGACAAGUAAUGCCUGAAUACUUCCUCCUUCUUCGAGCCUCUGAUAAAGGAACUCCUUCAUUCAACUCCACUGUAAAUGUGCACAUCAUUGUUACUGUUGCCAACAAUGCACCUCCAAAAUUUGAACAAAAGGAUUAUAUUGUGGAAUUACACGAAAAUGAAAAACCAGGGAAACCUUUAACUGCUGUGAUUGCAACUAGUCGUUCAUCUGUAUAUUAUGAAAUCAUCAGUGGCAAUAUCAAUGACAGCUUUGUGAUCAAUCCAACUUCUGGCAUUUUACGAACUAAUGCCAUAUUAGAUUUUGAAGUAAUGAAAUUUUACAAUUUGACAAUCAGAGCUACAAAUAUGGUUGGUGCCAAUAGUACAACUUCUGUGCUUGUUCACGUGAUCGACAGAAAUGAUAAUGCUCCCAUAUUUCAUCAGCUAGAAUAUAAAGGUCAAAUUAUGGAGUCUGAUAAAAUUAGGAGCAUGGUUUUAAUAGAUGGCAUCAAACCUCUAGUAGUUUCAGCAUAUGAUAAUGAUUCUGAGAUAAACUCUGUUCUGCAUUAUAAAAUUGUUGAAAAAUCUGCAUCUGCAUAUUUUACUAUAGAUCCAAAUACAGGUGCCAUUCGAACUGCAACAACCUUCGAUCAUGAGAAGAAAUCCAGUUUCUCUUUUUCUGUACAAGCCUGGGACAUGGGGAAACCUCACCUGAAUGCCGAAGUGCCUGCCAAAGUGUUCAUUUCUGUGAUAGACAUUAAUGACUGCCCUCCUCAAUUUGGAGAAGCCUAUUACACUGCCAUUCUCCUGCUGCCAACUUAUAAAGGAGUCCAUGUCAUAAAUGUGAUAGCAACUGAUAUGGAUUCCUUCAGUUCGAUCAGAUACAGUAUUGUGUCAGGAAACAUCGAAAAGAAGUUUCUCAUCAACGAAACUACAGGUGAUAUCACAGUCCUAGAUCCCAGUGGCCUUGCCAGGAAGUACACUCUCGUCGUCUCUGCUUCUGACGGGGAGUUUGAAACAAGCACAAAAGUUGUCUUCAAAGUUCAGGAAAGCCAACAGAGUGGUUUGCAGUUCAGUGAAGACAAGUAUUUUUCUAAAGUUCAAGAGAAUUCGACAGAAAUCAGCACAGUAGCUAUUGUCACCCCUCUUGGGACUGAGCUCAAUGAACAUCUGACUUUUCAUAUUUUGAACCCAACUUACAUGUUCAGGAUUGGAGAAACAACAGGGGUUAUUCGUACCACUGGCAGGAUGUUUGAUCGGGAAGCUCAGAGCUUUUAUACUUUGGUUGUAGAAGUGAGGAAUGAAGGAAGAGAAAUUUCAAAGUAUGCUCAUGUUUUGGUGGAAAUAUCAGUAGUAGAUAUCAAUGAUAAUGCACCAUUUUUCAUUGGAUUGCCUUAUUUUGUCGUGGCUCCUGUUGAUUCUCCUGUAGAUCAUUCUGUAUUUAAAGUUAAAGCUAUGGACUAUGAUUCAGGGCCAAAUGGAGACGUUGUUUUUGAAAUCAUUGAUGGUGAUAAACGGACAUUUCGUAUUGAUCGCAAAUCUGGAGAAAUUUUUUUAAAGCAGGCUUUGACUUCUAAUAAAUAUGAGCUUGUUAUUGAGGCUAGAGACAGAGGAAAUCCUGCUCUGAGCUCUCAUACCAUUUUACCUAUUCAAGUGAUAAGCCAUGAUAUGCCUGUUUUUGCUCAACAGUUAUAUCAAGUUACUGUGUUAGAAAACAUUCCUACAGGUUCGCCUUUACUCACUGUUACAGCCACAAGUCCAAGUGGAAGACAAUUAAUAUAUAGUUUAGUUGCAGGAAACAGAAAAGAAGAUCUACGUUUGGACUUCAAUACAGAGCAACACCAAAACAUUGAGUCAUGUGUAUUUUAUGCUGUUGAAGACCUUGAUUUUGAAACUACUCCAAAGUACCUUCUGACACUGAGAGCCACUGAUGCUGUCAGUGGAGUUUUCUCUGAUGUUCAAGUAAUCAUUGAUGUUGAAGAUGUCAAUGACAAUCCACCUAUGUUCAACAAGCCUGCUUAUAAUACUACUAUUUCUGAAGCUAUGCCUGUUGGUGCCUCUGUUCUUCAAGUAAGAGCUACUGAUCGAGAUACCAAAGCAACACAACAUAUUCAGUACCACAUUGUAGGCAAUGCAACAUCUUAUUUCCAGAUUGAUGCUUCAGAUGGUACAGUUUAUAUUAAACAGCCAUUGGAUCAUGAAAUAAAACGGGAACACUAUUUCACAGUAAUGGCUACAGAUGGUGGUCAUCCACUCUUAAGCUCAACUGCUCAUGUAUGGAUUGGAGUAGCAGAUAUGAAUGAUAAUCCACCUGAAUUCGAUCAACGGCAUUAUAAAUGCAUUGUCAAUCAAGAAGUGCAAAGAGGUCAAUUUAUCGCCAUGGUUCUAGCAUCUGAUCCAGAUGAGACUGAUCAAUCAAAACUGAUGUAUAGUAUUAUUGAUGGAAAUGAAUUGCAGUCUUUUUCAAUAAACAGGCAUACAGGUAUUAUUACAAUGUCCAACCUGCAUCAAUUCAAUUUUGAGAAAAGCUACAUUCUAAAUGUCUCUGUCACUGAUGGCGUUCAUUCAGCAUAUGCAAGUGUGUAUGUCAACAUCCAGGGGGCUAAUAAUCAUUCUCCUCAUUUCUCACAUAAUGUCUAUCCAGUAGCUUUACCAGAAAAUGCACCUGCAGGGAAACUAAUCACUACCAUCUUAGCUGUGGAUGAAGAUAUUGGAAAUUAUGGUCAAUUUACCUAUACAAUUGAAACCAAAGAACACAGAAAAUUAUUUAAAAUUAACUCUGAAACAGGUGAAGUAUUCACAAAAGUUCCUAUUGAUCGUGAAGAAAAUCAGUUAUAUCAGAUGGUAGUUUCUGCAGUUGAUGCUGGUGGGCGAUGUGGAUAUGCAACAGUUCGAGUUACGAUAACAGAUGAAAAUGACAAUAUGCCUCAGUUUUCUGUUGCUGAAUAUACUGUUACAAUUCCUGUAAAUAUGACUGUGGGAACUACUAUUCUUAAGAUACAUGCUACAGAUGCAGAUGAAACUAUUUCAGCAACAAUUGAUUAUUCUUUAUAUAAGUCGAAUAACAGUGUUAUAUCUGAAUUAUUUGGUGUAACCCAUGAUACAGGAGAAGUCUACAUAAGAAAAGCAGCUACUGGACAUGAGAAUUAUGGAUAUCAAUUCUUCAUACUUGCCAAAGAUCAUGGUACACCUUCCUUAGAAACAGUUGUUCCUGUCAAUGCUAUAUUCAUUGAUCCCAAAGAAGAUUAUCCUAAAUUUGAACAUUUUGAAUAUGUGUUUUUCAUCUCAGAAAGCUCACCAAUCGGAACCAUCAUAUCAUAUGUUAAUGCUUCUUGCUCAAGACCUGUUACCUAUUCAUUUACCCCUGCCCCAAAAGGAUCCAAAGCAGAGCUAUUUCUUUCUAAAUUCAGUAUUGAUAAACAUGGUAGUCUUAUGUUGCUCUCUGAAGUUGACAGAGAGGUGCAGUCUAUUUACAACUUGAAUGUCAGAGCAUCUACUACAGAUCUUCCUACUCGAGUGUCAUGUGUUGAUGUCACUAUCAUCGUAGUUGAUGCUAAUGAUAAUGAUCCUCAGUUUGAUUCAGAUGUCUACAGUGUAUCUGUUGCUGAAAAUAUAGAACCUGGUGCUACAAUUCUAAAAGUAGUUGCCACAGAUGCUGAUACGAGUAAUAAUGGACUCUUAUCAUAUCAUUUUGGGGCAGAUGCAGAUAAUGUAGUGAAUAUUUUUCAAUUGGAUUCCAUAUCAGGAUGGAUUUCAACCAUGAUUUCACUAGAUAGAGAAGAUGUAGCUUUUUAUAAUUUUUCUGUAGUUGCAUUUGAUCUUGGGGAUCCUCGUCGUAUGGCCACUACUUGGAUUAACAUCAGGCUUCGUGAUUAUAAUGACAACCCUCCAAUUUUUCAAUCACAGCAUUAUAAUGGAGAUGCUUAUGAAAAUGCUGCUGUUGGAACAGUGGUUGUUACACUUAUGAUUGAGGAUAAAGAUGAAGAAAAAAGCCAUAUAGAUUAUUACAUCAUAGAUGGGGAUUUACAAGGUCAAUUUCAUGUUGUAUCCGAUGGGAAACUGACCAUUAAGAAACCUUUAGAUAGAGAAGUCAUAUCCAGUUAUCAACUAACAGUUCUUGCGACAGAUGGAAAAUUCACUUCGAAGACUUGGGUAUCUAUUGCUGUAUCUGAUAUAAAUGAUAAUCCACCAAUGUGCUUAAAAACAAAGUACACCGAAAUGGUGUCUGAAAAUAUUCCUUUGGACACUUAUAUUCUUACAGUCGAAGCAACUGACAUUGAUAGUUAUGACAAUUCUCGAUUAUAUUUUUAUUUAUCUGGAGAUGAUCAUACAGACUUUUCUAUUGAUCCUAUAACAGGUCAACUGAAAACUGCUCGAGUGAUAGACCGAGAAAAAAGGUCCCGUUAUGUGUUAGAAGCUCAUGUCCAAGAUAAAGGAAAGCCUGAAUGGGAAUGCACCAGUACAGUAGAAGUGCUUUUAAGUGAUGUUAAUGACAAUGCUCCAGAAUUUGCAAAGGAAUUGUAUUCUGUUAAUAUACCUGAAGAUGCUGAAGUUGGAACUUUGAUCACAAAAGUGCAUGCAAGUGACAGAGAUAUUGGAAGUAAUCGAAUGGUCAGUUAUUAUUUAAUUGAAUCGGCUCAUAGCCACUUCAGCAUGGAUGAGACCACUGGCAUUGUUAGCUUGAAUAAACCUGUAGACCGAGAGGAAGUCCCUAUGUACAAUUUGACAAUCCAAGCUAGUGAUCAUGGUAUUCCAAGGUUGUCCACAUUGUGUACUCUUCUUGUAUUACUCCAAGAUGUGAAUGAUAACCCUCCAGAAUUCACUUCGAAGUUCUAUCAUGCCUCUGUUCCUGAAACUGCUGCUGUUGGCACGGAAAUAUUGAAACUGACAGCAACCAGUCGAGACAGUGGUGUGAAUGCAGAAAUAGCAUAUAGCAUCAUACAGUCAGCAAAAUCUGAAGUCUUUUCCAUUCAUCCAAAAUUUGGAGUUUUAACAAUUUCAUCCCCUCUGGAUUAUGAAACUGCUCAUGGUUAUUACAUAUUGGUGAAAGCUGUUGAUGGUGGUACUCCUCCCCUAAGUACAGAAGUUGGAGUAAAUAUAACUGUGACAGAUGCUAAUGACAAUCCACCUGUUUUUACCCAACAGUCUUAUAAUUCUAUCAUAAGAGAAGAUGCAUUGGUUGGGGAUAAAAUUAUACAGGUUAUAGCUAGUGACAUAGACAGUCCUCCUAAUGCAAGAGUCAAGUAUUCUAUAUGUGGAGGAGAUCGCUUUGGACAGUUCUUGAUUGAUAAAUCAAUGGGCUAUGUAUCCUUGGCUUCAGACCUGGAUAGAGAGAAAGUAUCAAAUUAUGUGCUUGAAAUCUGUGCCUUAGAUAGUGGUAUUCCACCCUUGUCUAGCACUACUUAUGUGAAUAUAGAAGUAUCUGAUGUGAAUGAUAAUCCUCCUUUGUUUUCUGAAGAGAAUUACACUGCCAUUGUUCAGGAAGGAAAACCUCUUGGUUUCACUGUAUUGAAAUUUACUGUGACUGACCAAGAUGCUCCUCCAAAUACUGGCCCUUUCUUGUUUGAUAUCUUGAGUGGAAAUGAAGAUGGCGCUUUUCGUGUUGUUCAACAAGAUGCUACUUUGAGAACAGCUAGCAAAUUUGAUGUCAAAAACCAGAGUGAAUUCACUCUUCAAGUACGAGUAACUGAUGGUGGAACUCCAUCUUUACAUAGCACUACAUGGGUCAAUAUUAUCGUGAUAGAGGAAAGUCGAUACCCUCCUGUUGUGACCCCUCUGGAUGUAUCUGUGAGCUCAUACAUGGAUGAAUUUCCUGGUGGUGUCAUGGGCCGAGUUCAUGCCACAGAUCAAGAUCCUUAUGACAAACUGAUUUUUGACAUAAUAAGUCCACAUGAGAAUUUGUUUACCAUAGAUCGAGAAGAUGGAACCAUUGUAGCUCUUCCUGGUUUAGAUGUAGGCUCCUAUGAAUUGAAUGUUAGUAUAAGUGAUGGUAAAUUCACAACAUACACUACAGUCUCCAUUGAAGUGAAUAUGGUCAGUUCAGAAGCUGUGACAAACAGUGUUGUAAUACGUCUUGAUGAUGUUACUCCUGAAGAUUUUCUGCUAACUUACAAAAAGGGAUUUUUAAGAGGAUUGAGAAAUAUUCUGAAUGUAAGAAUGAAAGAUGUUGAAAUCAUCAGCCUGCAACCUACUUUGCAAGAGAAAAAACGAAGGCAGAGAACCACUCAACAGGAUUUGGAUAUUGUGUUUGCAGUUCAUGCUGGAGCCAAUGGCUUUCAUCCACCUAACACCGUAAGGGCAAGAGUGAAAGAAAAGAUGGAUGUUUUGGAAGCUAGCAUUGGACUGAAAGUAGUGAAGAUAAUGGAAGAUCGCUGUACCAAGGACCGCUGUGUAAAUGGUGAAUGUGUAGAUCUUAUCAUACUAGAUAAAGCUUUUGCCAUUAGUAUAACUACUGAUGCCAUGAGUUAUGUUUGUCCUCAACAUUAUCGUAAAUUGGAAUGUGCUUGUGAACCAGGAUUUGGAGGGUCUCAAUGUGAAUUGGCUGUUAAUGAAUGUUCUCGGCGUCCGUGCCCCUCUUAUCGUAUUUGCCAUCCAGAAGUGACAGUACUUGGGUACAUUUGCAAAUGCCCGGAAGGAAAAACUGGUUCUCUCUGCGAUAGAGAUAAAGGAGCUGUUUGCAAAGGAUCUGACUGCUAUGAUGAAAAAACUCCAGUGUACUUUCAAGGGAAAAGUUACAUGUCCUAUGUUCUUAAUAAACCUGUUGAUCAUCAUAUGAGCUUAGUAAUGCAUUUUAGAACAAAACAGGCCACUGGGAAUUUGUUGUAUGCUGCUGGUGUGAGAGAUUAUUUUGUGUUAGAAAUUAUAAAUGGCUUGGUACAGUACAGAUUUGAUUGUGGCAGUGGAGAAGGUAAAUUGCGCAUCGAGCAGUUAAAGGUAAAUGAUGGCAACUGGCAUAAAGUAAGAGUAGAGCGCCGUGGAAAAUCUUCCGAAUUGAUUCUUGACAAACGUUUUCGAGCUUCUGGUAAAUCUCAUGGCCCUCAUGAAGUGCUCAACUUAGAUGGUAGUGACAUUUAUUUUGGUGCUGAAGUUCGAACUAAUCUGGAAACAUUGAGCUUUGAAGAUAUCCGAAUGGGGUUCAUUGGAUGCAUGGAUGACAUUCAGAUUGAUGGGAUUUCUCUUCCUUUGCAUGUUAAUGGGAACACAGCUGUUGCUACUUUGAACAGAUUUAAAAAAGUAGAACUUCACUGUGGUGUCCUUCUUGAUUUGGGAGUUUGCAGCAGUCAGCCAUGUAUGAAUGGUGGCACUUGCAUUCCAACUAACUCCGGCUUCUCUUGUCAGUGCUUAUCUCGUUACCAGGGCAGCCACUGUGAAAUAGAUUUGGAUCCUUGUGCCUCGAAUCCUUGCCUAAAUGGUGGAAUGUGCCACAAUGUGGAUCACAAAUUCAUUUGUACCUGCAGCUCUGGAAUCACUGGUCCUCGAUGUGAAUUUGGCCGCUAUUGCAAGCCUAGCCCAUGCAACAAUGGAGGCAUAUGUGAAGAAGGCACUACUGGACCUGUGUGCAAGUGCCACGGUUAUUAUGGAGAGCUUUGUCAGUAUGAUAUUGAUGAAUGCCAAACAGUUCCUUGUGCUAGUGGCUCGUGCAUUAAUCUCCAAGGCAGCUUCAAGUGUCACUGUCCACCCAACAUGACUGGUUCCUUAUGCAAUGAGCACUUAUUCACCACUUCAAUUACAUCUUCGAGUUGGAAUACGACAGUUGAAGAGAUUGUAGGCAUUUCACUUGUAAUUUUAUUUAUUCUCCUUCUUGCAAUGGCUAUUGUAUGUUGUUGGCGGUAUCGCCACAAACGCCAACAGCUCAGGCCAAACAAUGAAGUAUUAGAUGCUGCAACUAAUGAAUACCUUUUAAAAAAUUCUGUUUUCGAGAAGGACAACCUGAAUCGAAAGAUCAGCAAUUUGGAGGUGACUAGCUUUACCACGCCUCCAUUGCCACCAAGACCAGCUUCUUAUACUCCAAGCACUCAAGAUUCUGUGAAUGCAUUGAAUAACUUUGACACAGUUCGUAGUUAUGGCAGUGCCGCUGAUGAUUUGGAGAAUUUCCCUCGUCAGGGUAAUGACUAUGUGCAGAACAUAAGCAAGCCUGCUUUAAUUCCUGCUUUGGUGCCUCCCCCUCCGUCCAGUUCAGAUAAUGAUUCUGUCUUAAAGGGGAACUGGGAAAAAGAUCAUUUAAAAUCAAAAAGUAAAUUGUAUGAAAGCAAAGUGCCAAAAGACCUUCAGCUACGCAAAGUUGGUGAUGUUCCUGGUUUAAAUACUAUUCCUGCUCCAGUUGUGCCCUCUCGUGGUCCGUCCAGCCUUGGUGUGCCUUCAGUCUUAAGCCUUAACUCUGUAGACGACAUGCCAGCAACCGAGAACAAAAGUGGGAGGAGAAACACGGCGGAAGGUUACAUAUGGGAUUGCUCUGAUUGGGCUGUUGCCUCGCAGAAGCCUCUUUCGAACAUAGUUGAGGUAUCUACAAAAGAAGUGAGAGACUCGUCUAGCAUCCCUAGCACUGAAUCUAACAGCCGUGCCAGUCAGAUUGAACUUCUGCCGAAAGGUGAUGGGCAGAACAAGGUUCCAUCAAGCAACCACUCUGGCAGCUUGGAUUUUGAUCGUCCCGAUUCCGAAUAUGUUGGUGAUUCGGAGAAUAAUGAUACCGACUUUGGUGACAGUGUCCUCCCUGCACCAAAUUUUGAAAACCUCCUGGGAAUGAAUGAUCUUGAAUUUGCAGAUGAUGGGACAGAUAGUCUUCCAGCCUCGCCCCACAAGUACCAACGGCAUCCCAAUUCGUACCUUCCUACUCAUACUACUAGUACAGCCAACACAAGCCCAGAUCACACCUGGAAUAACAACCAGCGUCAAAUCAGUGACCUGUCAGAUGAUGAAGUCAUGACCUAUGGUUUUCCACCUCAGGGAGGACGUGGGUUUCACGUUCCAAUGGAUGCAUCAGGUCUGGACUCCAUGUCAAUGUCCAUUGGAGGCUAUACCUCAACGAAUGCCUCGUUCUCUGAUAUCUCUGGGGCUGUCUGUGAGAUUGAUGAUAGUGAAGCUAACUGCAGUGAUGUGGACUACGAAAGUGUUGAUGUGAAGCCACCAGUAUCUUUUUCUAAUGACAGAUUUUGCUCUACUCAUUUAUAGCUGUUUGCAAUUUUAAUUUAUAAUUCGUAUUGGGAAACCCAAAUUUUGGUCAAUUACUCGCCCCUUAUUGAUUGACAAGUUUCUCAACAGUCCUAAAGACUGUGCUAAGCUUUCCUGUUAAACUGCUGGUCAAACACUGCUUAGACAGAAUGAUGCUCUGUAUCGAAUACUGACUAAGUAAAAAAGUCAAGAAAUAAGUAAAGAUUCGUGAUUUUGUAUAUGGUAAAAGCUCUUUUAAUUGUUCUGGAGUAUGUGAAUGCAUAUGCAUUUAUUUUUUGCAUGUUUUUUUUACUGUCAAUUUUUAUUUAAAUGUAUGCCAAUUUUUUUUAGAAGUGAGCAUCAACAUACAAAUCCUCUUCCCAUAUUUAAAAGUGGACUUGUGGUUUCAGUUAAAUUUGUUCUUCUUAAGGACCAAAUUGUAUAGAUCAAUUUUCAUGACAGAACGUCUUUUGUAUAUAAUAUAUAGAACACAUCAUUUAUGCGAUUUAAUUUCAAAAGAUCAUAUUUGCUAUUCAGUUGAUCAUAUUUAUCAUUAUAAUGCAGUCUUGCGCCUUCAAAAUUAAAUUAAUGAAUAUUUCAAAUAUAGUAGAAUUUUGUUUUAAUAGAAUUUACAUUUAUAUAAUAUGCUUAAAUUGCAAAUCGCAUUCCAGUAUACAUUUUCUAAUUAUCAUUUUAAGCCCAUUCAUUUUCCCCCAUUGAAUUUGUCACCAUUUUAUUAUUUCUCACUAUCCAUUUAAAAGAGUUUUUACUAUAUUUGAUAGAGAGUAAGAAAUACUCGGAUUUUUAUAAUUUCAAUAUAACCUAUAUAACAUUUCAUGAAAGAGUUUUUUCUUAGUAUUUUGAUUUGAAGUGAUGAUUAAUUUGUAUCAAAACAAUAGUGACAUUAAUUUAUUCAUUCAAAUAAUUUAGGAGACUUAAGUAAUCUUGAAUGAUGUCAAAAUAGAUUCUACUGUUUUAAAUUCGAAAAAAAAAUAUUUCUUUUGUCAAGUUUUCCAUUUCAAUCUAAGUAGUUAUCAUAUUAUAUUUAUGUCAGUCCUUUGUUAAUGUUUAUAUUUAUAUAUAUAAUGUAUAAUCUCAUUUUAUAUAUUUUUUCUUUAUAUAUUUUCAAAAAUCGUGGUAAUUUUAAAGGACAUUUUUUUAUAAGAUUUAACAUUUUUGUAAUUUUAUACUGAGCAGAGCAAAAACUGUUCUACAAUUUGUGAUAAACAUCUAUGGCAGCUGAUUUCCUUUUAUUUAGCUGUGGUCUACAUUGCAGCUGCUUAUUGUGCCAAACUCCUUUUUCAUUAAACAUUUUCUUUUGUUUUAUACCAAAACAUUUGUAUAAUGGCAUACUUUUCCAAUGAUCACCUUUUCCAAAAUACUGUUCUUGUUGUUUGUGAUUUUUUUAAAACAAAAUUUUCUAAAAAUUGUUUAAUUCCUGCUGUAUCUGCUUAUAUAGGAAUUACAAAGUUUUUUAACAUUCCACCAUAUUAGAAUUUCUAAGAGAAAUGAAAGAAGCCAAUUUGUUUAUAAAUUCACAUGUUAAGAUCGUGCACUAAAUUUCUUGCCAGAAAUAAUUUUUAUAUUAAAUAAAUGAUAGUUUAAAUGCUAUUUCAAUGUUAUGAAAGAAUGUAAAAUGUCUUUGUUGCAGGCUGUUACAUUUAUAGUCAAAUGUUAUAAAUCUGUGUUGUAAUUUAUUAUGUGUUUUUUUAUGUGUGUGACAUUUGUGAUUCAUAUAUCUCACGAAUUUAUAAUUUCUCAGUUAAAAGCUUAAAAUAAUUAAUGUAGAAAACAUUACAACCACAGUUAAGUCUAAGAAUUCUAAUAUUUAGAACAAUUUUGAUGCUUUUUUUUUCCAUAACCAUCCUUUCCUUUUUCCAGGAUUUAUAUAAAACAUUUUUUGUCAAUAUUUAUUUAAAUAAG